AUGGAUUGUCUUCCUGCUUUCUUUCGCUUCGUGGUCUUGCUGUUGAUCAGCGGUCUCUGUUGUGCUAAUGGGCCGUUGGAUGGUGCUACUUCUGCAACGUCAUUUGGGCGACGAGCUGGUCAUGCCGCUGCUGUACUCGGAAAAUACUUUUAUGUCGAUGGAGGCGAUUUCUCCACAAGACAAAAUGGCAAUGUCACUUACCAUUAUUGUGGGUUGAGCCAACUUGAAGCACUCUUUGUACUGACAUUUAAAGCUUCAACGCUCUUGUCCAUAGACCUUUCGCAGGAUUGGACAAACGACUCUGUCGUACUUCAUUCGACAUCUAAGCCCGACGGAGUACCUAACCUCAUUGAUGCGGGACUUUGGUCCGAUGAAGACGAAGGAGUCCUUUACACAGGAUUCGCAGGAGGAUUGCCUCAUUUCGGUAAUGACAUGGAUCCUUACCCGGUGGGCAUUUGGUCCUUUACUCCCGAUGGCCAAGGAAACGGAGACUGGAAAACCGUAAUAGGCUCGGAUGAUGACGCUCUGAACGGCAUCUCUAGAGUCUACGUUGCUCAGAUGACUUACGGAAAUGGCAUGGGCUAUAUGUUAGGCGGAGCUCUCACAAGUUCCACGAGUCCUGCGACGGUGGGCUUUGGCGACUCCAUCAUCUCGAUUCGUAGUCUGGCCAAAUUCGACAUGUCCACUAAGAAGUUCUCCAACAUUAUGUUUUUGGACCGGAGGGAGUGUCUUUCGUCAUGGGAGGAGGAAAAUCAGUUUGAGGACUAUGAUGAUUUCUGGGAUUUUAGGACCGUCUCAGUCUACGAUCCGGCAAAAAACAACUGGUACGAUCAGCACACGACGGGAAACGUACCCCGGGCUCGAAAGGGCUUUUGCGUCGCCGGUGUCGCCUCGGAUAGGGAGACAUACGAAAUCUUCGUGUAUGGCGGCUAUCCUGGUGAGACAGGCUAUGCUGCUGUACCAUACGACCAAAUAUACAUCCUAACCUUACCCGCUUUCCACUGGAUCCAGGUAAACUACACAGCAGAAAAUCCGCGGCAUAGCCAUACUUGUACGGCAGUUGGAGGUAGUCAAAUCCUUUCAUUCGGAGGUUUUGACUCGUCAACGACCAUUAGUGACGCUAGAAAUUACGAGAGCAUGUUCGAGGGGAAAGACCCAUUUACGCAAGGCCUUGCCAUAUUCAACAUGACAAGCCUGUGGUGGGCGGACAAGUACGAGGCGAACCAGAGUGUUUACAGGCAGCCAGACCUCAUUCGGGAGUACUACGAGCAGAACCCAGGGAAUGCGACGUUCAACUCGACCAAGUUGAAAGCCGUGUUCGACGAAACCUACUUUGGAGCGAAUGCGACGGGCUCGUCCCGGCCGCCCCGCUCGUCCAGCACGUCCAGCUCAUCAGCGUCGAGUUCUCCAAGCUCCAAAUCGGGCACGAGCCACGCAUCGACAGGCCUCAGCACAGGCGCAGUGGCCGGGAUAGUCGUAGGCAGCAUCGUGGGGGCACUGGGAGCCGCGGGAGUGCUAUUCCUCUAUCUUCGCAGCAGAAGGAUCAAGAGGCGCGCGGAUGAGGCGCGAGUGGGGGGUCAGCAGCAACACGAGCAGCUGUUCGAAGCCGACGCCGCGACGAUGUGGGCGGAGGUGCACGGGCAGCAUCGGCCGCAUGAAUUGGCUGGUGGGCACAUGGCGCAUGAGAAGGAUGGCACGCACAUCGUGGCCGAGCUGGAGGCCGCGGCGGGGUCGGGGUCGAGCGAGAGUAGCCGUAGGUAG